AUGACCGACAAAUACUACACGCUUGCUGAGGGCUGCCCUUUCGCCAGCGCCAGCACCUCUGUUCAAGUGCGUCGUGGCCAGGGUGUCGGCGGUCUUGGUUUACUUCAGGACACUCAGCUCAUUGAAACAUUGGCGCAUUUCUCUCGCGAGAGGAUCCCAGAGCGCGUUGUUCACGCCAAAGCCGUUGGGGCUUACGGCGAGUUUGAAGCCACGGCCGAUUGCUCUGAUAUCACUUCGGCCAGUUUUCUUAGCAAAGCUGGAAAAAAGUCGCCUGUUCUCCUUCGAGUGUCUACCGUUGGACCGGAAUCAGGCUCGGCCGAUACUGCUCGCGACGUUCAUGGCUGGGCAAUGAAAAUUUACACCGAUGAAGGUAACCAGGACUGGGUUUUCAACAAUACGCCCAUCUUCUUCAUCCGGGAUCCCAUCAAGUUUCCCUCUGUGAACAGAUCCCACAAGAGAAACCCGCAGACACAUCUUCCUGACGCGAACAUGUUCUGGGAUUUCCACGUUGGUAACCCCGAAGGAAUACAUCAACUCCUGCAUCUCUUCAGCGACCGCGGAACCCCGGCGUCCGUCCGGACUAUGAAUGCUUACAGUGGGCACACGUACAAGUUCACGAAAGAGGACGGCUCAUUCAAAUACAUUAAAAUUCAUAUCAAAGCAACUGCGGGAGUGAAGAACUUUACCCGCGAAGAAGCCACCAGAAUUGCUGGCCAGAAUCCAGACUUCCUCAUCCAGGACAUGUUUGAGGCAAUCGAAAAAGGGGACUACCCUACCUGGAAUGUUUAUGUUCAGGUCAUGGAUCCCUCUGAAGCGGAGAGAUACAGAUGGAAUAUCUUUGAUAUGACCAAAGUGUGGCCACACAAGGACUUCCCAUUAAGACAAAUCGGCAAACUGACCCUGAAUCGUAACCCUCGGAACUACUUUGCCGAUAUUGAACAGGCGGCCUUUUCACCCUCCACCAUGGUACCUGGCUUUGCGCCCUCGGCAGACCCAAUUCUGCAAGCCCGCCUUUUCGCGUACCCUGAUGCCGCUCGUUAUCGCCUUGGUGUCAAUUACCAGCAGCUUCCCACCAAUGCUGCCAAGGUGCCGGUCUACUGUCCUUUCCAGCGGGAUGGCUUUAUGAGGUUUGAUGAUAAUUAUGGCGCUGAUCCCAACUACGUGGGAUCGUCCCUAAAGCCAACCAAGUUCUAUCCUGAAGUCAAGAGUGUCCAACCUAAAGCACUGAGCUUGCUGACUGAGCACGAAAAAUGGGUCGGAGAGGUGUCGAGCUACGAGAGCCAUGUGACAGACGAGGAUUUCGUCCAGCCUGCUGCAUUGUGGGAGGUCAUCGGCCGGGAGGCAGGACAUCAGGACCGGCUGAUUGGCAACCUUGCUGCUCACCUGAAGGGAGUCACGUCUACCAAAUUACGCAGUGAGGUUUACGCUUUGUUUGCACGGGUCAACAAGGAUUUGGGAUCGCGGCUCCAACAGGCAACUGAGGCUUUGGUGGCUGGCCACUAG